AUGGCGGAGGAAAUUCAGAAUGCUAAGUUGGUUUCAAAUAAUGAUCACUCGGGAAGUCAGUUCAUUCAGGACCCUGAGCUGGAGGCAAUCAAGGCCCGUGUGUUUGAGAUGGAGGAGGAGGCUGAGAAGCUGCGAGAGGUUCAGUAUGACGCAGGGAGACAGCUCCUCUACAGCCCACAGGCAGGCUUUUUCUACAACAUGACCCAGGAGGAAAGAAUUGAUGCUGAUAACAGAUCAGUCUACGUGGGGAAUGUGGACUAUGGGACAACUGCAGAUGAGCUGGAGAUCCACUUUAAUGGUUGUGGCCAUGUGAACAGAGUGACUAUUCUCUGUGACAGAUUCACAGGCCAUCCCAAAGGGUUUGCGUACGUUGAGUUCUCAGAGAAAGACUCAGUUAAGACUGCCCUGGCCUUAGACGAGACUUUAUUCAGGGGACGAGUCAUAAAGGUAAUGCCAAAAAGAACCAACAUGCCUGGCAUCAGUACCACUGACAGGGGGUGCUUGCGAGGUGGCUUGUUUCGUGGAAGAGGCUUCCGUGCUUCCAGAUUCAGCAACGGUUUUCCAGGCAGGUACCGCUGCCGUUUCGCCAGAGGAAAUGGAAGAGCCCAGCCUUGGUUUGCCCCAUACUGA